AUGCAUCCAGCUCGACAAGCCUAUGUCGAGGAAUCUACCGACACCGAUAUGGGUAUCAACUAUGCUGAUAUCCGUAAGUCGCGACUCCAAAAUCUUCUUGUGGACGAUGCUAACGGAAGCUCAACUAUAGCCGUCGACCACGACUAUGACAUGCCCUCUUCUGCGGCAGGUAUUCCCACCGAACGGGCAUCCGCCAUUUUAUCUCAAUUCGAACGUAAACGCCGAGCAGCAGCGAUGGUGGUGCCCACAGACGACACCAAAGUGCGCGCACGACUACGAGAGUUCGGCGAGCCCAUUACGCUAUUCGGCGAGGGUCCUUCAGAUCGGCGGGACCGUCUACGUGAACUUUUGACCGAUGUAGCAGAUAAGCAAGGUGAAGAUGUUGAAAUGGAAGAAGCGGAGCCGGAGAAUGAAGUUGAACAACAAGAAGAAUUUUACACCGAGGGCACCGAUGCCUUGCUCGAAGCGCGCAAAGAUAUUGCCCGUUAUUCUUUGCCUCGCGCAAAGGCUCGCGUUGCGAGACUCAAAGAAGAAUCUACAAUUCCACUUCGGACGCACGUUAAACACCGCAAAGCAGUGAAAGAGAAACUGCAAGAUUUUGAGCUGUAUGGAUCUCAGAUUGCGGGAGAUCGGCCAGUCAGCAUUUGUCGAUUCUCGCCGGAUGGUCAGACAAUCGCUGCUGGAAAUUGGAGUGGUGGUAUUAAGCUACUCACAGUACCUAAUUUGGAAGAAAAGGCCAAUUUCAAGGGCCAUACGGAUCGUGUGGGUGGUUUGGCAUGGUUCCCCGGUGCCACGCUUCCUAGUUCCAAUGUCUCACCGUCAACCGUCAAUUUGAUUUCGGGAGGCGGCGAGGGAGACAUCAACCUCUGGGCUCUUGAUCAAGACAAGCCGCUCGCCACGCUAUCCGGCCACUCUGGGCGAGUCUGCCGUACAGAGUUCCAUCCUUCAGGUCGAUAUGCAGCAUCGGCAUCCUUUGAUACCACAUGGCGACUGUGGGAUCUUGAAACGACACAAGAGCUACUCCUGCAAGAGGGCCAUUCACGAGAAGUCUAUGCAGUAUCGUUUAACAACGACGGCUCUCUUUUGGCUAGUGGUGGAUUCGACAGCAACGGACGUAUCUGGGAUUUGCGAACAGGACGUACAGUGAUGAUUCUCGAAGGCCAUAUUCGUGAGAUCUACGGUAUGGACUGGGGCCAGGAUGGGUACCGGGUACUUUCUGGCUCUGGCGAUGGUUGGGUUAAGUGCUGGGACUUGCGCCAAGUGAGAAGUACCGGUGGAAUCGGUGCCCACAAGAGUGUGGUGUCUGAUCUUCGCUGGUACAAAGGCGCAGAGUCAGCUUCAUUCUUGCCUUCUACUGAUGGAAACAUGGAUAUCGACGGUGCCGCACCAGCUAACACGCCGGUUCAGCCGAGGAAGUCGGGUACAUUCUUCGUCAGCAGUGGCUUUGAUAAGAAUGUCAAUGUUUUCAGCGCGGACGACUGGUCCCUGGUCAAGUCGCUGAGUGGUCACUCGGGCAAUGUCCUAAGUACGGAUAUCAGCGAUGACACGAAGUGGAUUGCUAGUUGUGGCCAUGACCGUACCGUGAAGCUCUGGGGAAUUGAAUGA